AUGUAUCGAGGUCGAGGUCGAGGUCGAGGUCAAAGUCGAGGCCGCGGUGGUCGUGGCCGUGGCCGUGGUCGUGGUGGGAGACUGCCCGGUCGCAAUGGCUUUGAGACCUCUCGUCUCAAUGAGAUUGAAUCAGAGUCGUCCGACGAUGCGAGCCAGCAGUCUGACAAUGAGGUACCGGAGGAUGUCAUGAUGGAUGAGGGAUCUUCAAGCAGCGAGAAUGAAGAAGACGACCAAAAGACCGAACGCCCGUACAACGAACUGCUGCAGCUGCUGAACACCAACAACUCCGAGUCCAAAGAACCGGCGCGGAAGAAGAGAAAAGUUGCUGCCGACCAAAAACCAGUGCAAGAAGAAGUGCCUGAUGAGGGGGAUGACUUGCAAGCGCAGGCACCAUCUGACGACGAAGAGGAGCUCCCGGAGGUCGACGGCGAGGGCGAUGACAAUAGCCCGUUUGAGAGACAUUUCAACCUCCCUGAUGACUCUGAGUUGCCCAAGAAGAUUGAGGCGAUCAAAUCGAACAAAUGGACUUCCACUAAGAAAGAAUUGCCAGGCGCGCUGCGGCUGGUGAAUACAGUCCCGGCCACGGGGAAUGCCGAGGAAGUUUCACUUCUACCAGGCAUGAAGAGUACAGCCCAUAUCAAGCUCAAGAACAAACUCAAGGCUCGUGCCGCAGAGGUCAUUCCCACCAUCACCGGCUCUGCGCAGCACGUUGCACCCUAUGUAUUUGACUACCAAGACGUCCUGUUUGGGGCGCGCACAACAUCCCAUGCUGGUGCCAUGCAGGAUAUUAUGGCCCUCCACGCCGUCAACCAUCUCCUGAAGACCCGUGAUCAGGUGCUCAAGAACAACUCUCGUCUAGCCAAGGACCCAGACACCGACAUCGACUGUCGCGAUCAGGGAUUCACGCGCCCAAAGAUUCUUUAUAUCCUGCCUACGCGGCAGGCAUGCGUGAGAGUUGUCAACGCCAUCACUCGGAUCUACCAGGCGGAGCAGCAGGAGAACAAAAAGCGUUUCAUGGACACGUUCUCAGCGUCAGAGGACUCGACGUGGGAGCACAAGCCCGACGAUUUCCGAGAGCUUUUUGGCGGCAACAACGACGAUAUGUUCCGACUAGGACUAAAGUUCACCCGAAAGACAGUCAAGUACUUUGCCCAGUUCUACAAUUCGGAUAUCAUCCUGGCAAGUCCACUUGGACUGCGGACAAUCAUGGAUCAGUCUGACGCUAAGAAACGAGACCAUGACUUUCUGUCUUCAAUUGAGGUGGUGAUCGUAGACCACGCGGAUGCCCUGCUCAUGCAGAACUGGGAUCAUGUCGACUACAUAUUCCAACACCUCAAUCUGCAGCCCAAAGAAGCGCACGGUUGUGACUUCAGCCGCGUGCGCAACUGGUAUCUGGAUAACCAGGCCCGGCAUGUGCGACAGACCAUCGUGACGGCGGCAUUCAUCACACCAGAGAUCAACUCGCUGUUCUCAUCGCAGAUGCAAAACGCCACGGGUCGUGUCAAGAUCACCCCAACCUACGCUGGCGCCAUCACUGAACUGCCGCUACCAGCCUCGGUCAAGCAGACAUUCUCGCGCAUCGACAGCCUGUCCCCAGCCAAAGACCCCGACGCGCGGUUCAAGCAUUUCACCACCACGGUACUAUCCUCGCUGGUCAAGAACCUCGCCGGCGGACGCAGCAAGGAAAACAGCAGCAACGGAACAAUGAUCUUCAUUCCCUCGUACCUGGACUUUGUCCGCAUCCGCAACCACUUCGCGACCUCGAGCCAAACCACCAAUGUCUCCUUCGGCGCCGUCUCCGAGUACACCGAGUCCCGUGACGUGUCGCGAGCCCGCAGCCAUUUCAUGUCGGGCCGGCAUUCCGUCCUGCUAUACAGCGAGCGCGCGCACCACUUCCGUCGCUACCAAAUCCGCGGGGUGCGCCGCAUCAUCAUGUACGGUCUGCCCGAGAACCCGGCGUUCUAUGGUGAGAUCGUGGGGUUCCUGGGUCUGGACCCUGCUGCUGUGGUGGAAGUUGCCCAGAGUGGUGGUGUCAGGGCUUUGUUCUCGAAAUGGGAUGCGCUGAAGCUGGAGCGUGUCGUGGGGACGUCGAGAGUGCCUAAUAUGCUGCGGGAGAAAGGCGGAGAUACAUUUACCUUCAUGUAA